CUCAUCCUCUCCACUCCCUCCACUCCCUCCUCCCUCCUCCCUUCUCCCACAUCUCUAGUCACAAUGGCCGUGUCUUUGCAGGCUGUGGCUGAUCUGCUCAGCGCCAGUCUGGACCCCACGAGGCGAGCUCAAGCCGAGUCGUCCCUCAAAGCCGAAGAGACGAAGCCUUCCUUCUCGCUCGCCCUGCUGCAAAUCGUUGCCACAGACACUUUCCCUCAGGCCACCCGACUCGCCAGCGCCCUGUUCUUCAAGAACUUUGUCAAGAGGAAUUGGGUCGACGAGAAUGGCACGCACAGACUGCCUGCGAACGAGGUCACCACCAUCAAAAGCGAGCUCAUCGGCCUGAUGGUCAGAGUGCCGCCCACGAUUCAGGCGCAACUGGGUGAUGCUAUCAGCGUCAUUGCAGACAGCGACUUUUGGGAACAAUGGAACACUUUGGUCGAUGACCUCGUCUCACGACUGACGCCCGACGAUGCUACUGUCAACAAUGGUGUCCUCCAGGUCGCUCACUCCAUCUUCAAGCGUUGGGAGCCGCUUUAUCGAUCCGACGAUCUGUACACCGAGAUCAACCACGUCCUCUCCAAAUUUGCGAGUCCAUUCCUGCAGCUGUGGGAAAACACCGACCGACAGAUCACUCAAAACCAGAGCAACCCAGAGGUGCUCAAGGCGCACUAUGCGACCCUCGAUCUUAUCCUCAAGCUCGUCUACGACCUGUCAACGCACGAUAUGCCACCACAAUUCGAGGAGGCUCUGCCUGCGGUCUCGGGGCUCUUACACAAGUACCUAACAUACGAAAACGCUGCAUUGAAUACCGAAGACGAGUCCGAGGCAGGCCCUCUCGAGUACGUAAGAGCAGGGGUGUUCAAAGUGUUGAAUUUGUAUACGCGCAAAUACGAUGACGAGUUCAAGUCACAUGUGCCCCAGUUCGUGGGUACGUCCUGGGCAUUCUUGACGAAUAUUGGACCAGAGGCCAAGUACGACUUGGUAGUCAGCCGGGCAUUGGAGUUCUUGACCACCAUUGCGAGCAUACAAGAGCACGCGCAAAGCUUCAACAAUGCUGACGUGCUGGGACAAGUCACGGAGAAAGUGGUCAUACCCAAUUUGUCGUUACGAGAAUCGGACAUCGAGACGUUUGAGGACGAACCGAUUGAGUACAUCCGGCGAGAUUUAGAGGGCUCAGAUGAAGAUACGAGGCGCAGAGCUGCCACGAACUUUUUACGGAAACUGCAAGAACAGUUUGAAAAGCCAGUCACAGAUGUGGUCACACGAUACAUCAACCACUUUCUCUCCGAAUACGCAAAAGACCGCAGCGAGAACUGGAAGUCGAAGGAUACGGCGGUCCACCUUUUCUCUUCCAUCGCAGCCAAGGGCACAGCUACUGCCGCAAAGGGCGUACUCAGCGUAAACCCGAAUGUCGAUGUGAUCGACUUUUUUCAGACAAACAUCGCAGAAGACCUAACGAACCCCAACGCCGAGCCUCUCCUCAAAGUCGACGCGAUCAAGUAUUUGUACAUCUUUCGCAGCAUCCUCUCGGCAGAUCAGUGGCAGGCAGCAUUUCCACUGCUUGUUCAGCACCUGAACUCCUCCAACUAUGUGGUCUACACUUACGCUGCUGUAGCAGUCGAUCGCGCUCUGUACCUCACCAACGAUCAACGACAGCCGGUCAUUCCGCGCGAGAGCAUACUUCCGCUGGCAAAGGACCUGCUACAGCAUCUGUUCACACUCAUCACCAAGGAUACCAGGCCCGAAAAGGUUCAAGAGAAUGAGUUCUUGAUGAAGUGUGUGAUGCGGGUGCUGAUUGUCAUUCGCGAUGGUGUCAUUUCGAUCCUUGAUCUGGUCCUCACCAAUCUCGUGAAUAUUACCAAAGUAAUACGCCACAACCCCUCGAACCCAGGCUUCUACUACUAUCAUUUCGAGUCGCUUGGCGCCACUAUCCGGUUUGCUGGUCCGAAUCAGCCAGAGAAGAUUGAGAGCACGCUGUUCCCGGUAUUCAUGGAGGUACUCCAGUCAUCGGUCGACGAGUUCACACCUUACGUCUUCCAGCUCUAUGCUCAGAUCGUGGCGAGCAGCCCAUCCGGGACGAUUUCUCCACUGUUUCAACAGCUCGUCGGACCAAUACUCACUCCGAGCAUGUGGGACAACAAGGGCAAUGUGCCAGCAUUGACUCGUCUGCUCAUCGAAAUUAUUCCUCGUGGUGCCCAGCAAAUCGCCGCUGCUGGCCAAACAGAGGCAGUGCUUUUGGUUUUUCAGAAACUGGUCGCCAGCAAAGCAUACGAAGGUUAUGCGAUGGACAUUAUCGAAACAGUCGUCAAGAGCUUCCCACCAAGCACACUGGAGAGCUACUGGAGCACAAUUCUCCAGCUCAUGUUUCACCGCCUGACUAACACCAAGACCGAGCAGUUCACGCUGCGCUUUGUGCGCUUUUACCAUUUGGUGUCCGCUCUCGUCGAUCAAGGUCUGGGCGCAGACUUCUUCGUUGCGAAAGCAGACGCUGUGCAAGCCAAUGCCUUCACACCGCUCUACACCGGAAUCAUUCUCCCAGACACACAGAAGUUGAGCCGACCAUUCGACCGGAAAACAGCUUGCUUAUCGCUCACUCGAACACUGGCAGACAGUCAGGCAUUUGUGGAGAGAUACGCCAAGCGUGGCUGGACAAUCACUUGCGAAGCUCUCCUGAAGCUGCUGAUCAACCCUCCGUUGCCACCAGCUGCUGACGACAACAUCAUUGAAGAUCGCGAUGUCGAUGAGCUGGGCUUCGGAGCGGCCUUCACACAGCUCAACACUUGCAAGAAGCCCUCGCAAGACCCCUGGCCAGAGGUGCAGGAUGUGAAGAUUUGGGUUGGUACAACGCUGCGCGAAGCGGAUCAGAGGCACAACGGCCGGAUCGGGCAGUUCGUCAACGAGAAGCUGGAUGCCCAAGGCAAGGCAGCUCUUCAGCAGGUCAUGUUGGGGUAAUGCAGGAGGUAUACCUCAUGGUUGGCAGGACACUGCUAGUUGAUGACGCAUUAGUUGUAAGCGCGGCGUUGCGGAUGGAAAAUGAAAAUGGGAUGCUUAUGAUACCACGAGCGUGCGCAUAGGAG